UGAUUUUUCAUUUCGACAAUUUGCCAGAAGCUUGAAUAUUUUUCUCUCUUUGGAUGUUCUUUUAUCUGGAAAUCACGGGGGGCUGGGGAAAAAGUUUGCAGUCCCCUGGGGUUUCAAAUAGAGAUGAAAAUAAUUACUGUCAGGUGGACAGACUUCAAGGCCUUCUCUCAGAAUCUUCGAAUAACCGACAAAAAAAACGUAUCUCUCGGCAUUUUUCUUUUCAUUUGAUAGCUUUGAAAAUUACGAAAAUACAAUGGCUUUCAAAAUUCGAGUUGACGAAAGUUCUGGGUAAAUUUUUCUUUGAAAAUUGUGGAGGGCGGGACGCAUCCAGGGGUGAGACAACCCCCCUCCCCCCUGCGGCGGGGUUUCGAAUGGGGAUUAAAGAAGGGAUUAAACUUAAGGAAAAUCAUUGGAAUGAUUCAAGAAUUAGAGAGAGAAAUUCUUCAUAAAAAUUCGUUGUCACAUGAAAUUUUAAUGAAUAAUUAAAUAUAUUCAGAUUUUUGUUACUAAGAAAUUCGGAUUGACGUGGAGAAUUUUUCGAAAGGUCGGAUAAAUAAAAAUCAUAAAGAUUUCUACGUCGGGUCGGUACAAAAAUUUCCUCUCUGGUUAUUACCACGAGUCGAUAAUUGAAAAGAAACAGCAGUUUCCUCAUUUCCUCUCAAAAACUCAAAUUGCCCCUCCAAAAUUCGAAAAUCUGUGCUGACAAAUAUCUGACAUCUAUCCCCUGCCCUCUCCCCCUUGCCAACCAAACAUAACUCUAACACCAGCUGAUUACCCCCACCACCGUCCACUGUUUAGAAUCGCACCCAGAAAUAUUGGAGUGCGGUUUGAUAUGUUGAGGUUAGAGUAGCUCUAUUUAUCCCAACAAUAAACAAUAAUUUGACAUAAUUGUCCCUGAUUUCCGCAUUGACAAGUGACAUGUCAAAAGACACCCAGUGAUUUAUUCUGUGAGUGAUGAAAACCGCGUGGUGACAGUGACUCGGGCUAAAUCCCUCAAUUAUCCCGAAUCCAACUUUCCAAUUUUUUAAUCACCCCUCCCCCUCCCACUCCAAUUGAUUAACAACUCAUUUAGCAAACUGAGUAAAUAAAUAAAUGUCGUGAUGGCGGGUACUGAGACACCGGAUUUAACUUAUUCUCCAGGAGCAUCGAGGGACUGGAGAAAAAGUAUAAUAUCACAAUUGAGAAAUCGAAAUAGAUCGCAAACAUACUGCUUCAACGAUCUCAUAUGUUUACAUAACCGGCUGUUCGAGAAUGCCAAUACUUUGAGGGGUGAGAAUUUGCACUUGACAGUUGCCAAUGAAAAAUUACGGUGUGAGGUUGCCGGUGGUUCUGGCACAUCUGGAACUAAUGCUGCCUUGGAGGCAAGACUACUGGCACAGGCUGAAGAACUCACAAUGCUUCACAAGAGGAGGGGAGAGCAUACACAACAGAUUGUUGAUUUGAAUAAUAAACUGCAGGAGAUGACCAAGGAUCUCCUCAGCAAGGAGACUAGUUUAGCCGAGAGCCUCGAGUCAAAUGCAUCCUUGCGAGCUGAAUUGACAAUGUACAUGAACAAAGAACGCGAAUUAGAAGGCGUUAAUCAAAUGCUCCGAGACGAGUAUCAAGCUCUCCAGCUGGCCUUUGCCUCGUUAGAGGAGAAACUUCGGAAAGUACAAGAAGAGAACCGACAAUUGGUGGAGCGUGUGAUAAAAUGCAAGGCCAAAGACGCUGAGAAAAUGAACGAGGAAAACGAUAAUUUCAUGAACGAGGGUUUUACCAGUCCGACAGCCUUUUUGAUGCAAACAAUAUCGAAAUUCGGAAAAAGGCAAGCCAAGGUCCAGAAAGACCUUGAGGACGCAGCUAGAGAUACCAGGGCAAUCAGCCCUGACAGACUCAGCUUGAAAGAUGGUCUCGGUAUAACAACAGCGGUUCCCUCCAACGUCUACAUUAAAUUCAGUGCUCAUGAUGGAGAGGUUAGUGCUGUUAAGUGGUCUCCAGUAGAUAGAAUAUUAGCAACUGGUGGUGCUGAUAGAAAAGUCAAACUGUGGGAUAUAUCCAAAGGAUCGUACGAGAGCAAGGGGAUGCUUGUGGGAAGCAAUGCUAGUGUUAUGUCUGUGGAUUUCGACUCAACUGGAACGUUAAUCCUUGGAGCUUCUAAUGAUUUUGCCAGUCGCGUGUGGUCUGUCAACGAUCUGCGGUUAAGGCACACCCUGACAGGGCACUGCGCUAAAGUACUGGCAGCAAAGUUCCUGGGUGAACCGUCGAAGGUGGUGACCGGUAGUCACGAUCGAACACUCAAGAUCUGGGAUCUGCGCAGUCGUGCAUGUAUUGAAACGAAAUUUGCCGGAUCGAGUUGCAAUGACCUCGUCACCUCCGAUGGUGCAGGAUCUACUAUUAUAAGUGGCCAUUUUGAUAAAAGGAUAAGGUUCUGGGACACUAGGUCCGAGUCAAGCUGCAACGAUAUUGUAUUACAAGGAAAAGUCACUUCACUCGAUUUAUCGAGAGAUGCCAAUUAUCUACUCAGUUGUGUGAGAGAUGACACAGUGAAGUUGCUUGAUCUGCGUAUGAAGCAGAUUGUCGGAUCAUUCAGUGCUGAUGGGUUCAAAGUGGGUUGCGACUGGGCAAGAGCGACCUUCAGUCCAGACGGCCAGUAUAUAGCAGUGGGUUCAGUCGAUGGCUCCGUCUUCAUCUGGAACGUGACGACGAAUAAAAUUGAAACUGUCCUCAAGGAUCACACAUUCGCGGUAACAGCAGUUGCCUGGCAUCCACAUGGUACCUACCUGGCAUCAGUUGAUCGCACGAAAAUGGCAGCCGUUUGGGGAGAUCACGUCUGACACGAGGAAUGAUUGUGCUCCAGGCGUGGUGUAUUAACGCCUCCUGGCCCUGACUGAUCCCCACGAGAUAUCCCCGAAGAAUUUAAAUCACCGAACGUCAACUGAAAAAUCAAUCAUUUCGUCUCGAAUUGUCGAUCAACCCCAGCUUCCAUAAAAAUCACCCCCAACCAUUAACCGUCGUAAUAUUAAUACUCCCCUAAUUUAUUAAUCAACGGUAUAUUCCGGUGGAAUGAACUCUCAUUGUGGAAUAAUCAAAUAUUCUUGUGGUCAUUCAGAGAAAAUGUGGACAACAAUACAACGGUGGGCCAUUGGAUUAAUUUGAAAUACUGACAAAGUGAUGUGAGCUCAAUAAACAAUAUCUGUCGUACGAGAUAACGGG